ACUCCACCCCACCAGCUCGCUCGGGUCACAUUGCUCUGUGCAGAAAUUGUUAAUUUUCAUCUGAAACUUUCUUCUUUACGAGUCAAUUACUUUCCAUUUUUUUUCAACAUUUGCUUUCUGAAUUUUGAUUGCUGUGUGUUUGAUUACUUGCUUAAUUUCACAUCCCCAGAUUCUAAGAAAAUGGGGUUGAAGGAAUUUUGUGGGGUUCUUUAGGGUUUUAGCGUCAAAAUUUAGGUGAAAAAGAGAGGAAAUAGAGAUGUUGGAUUCAAGAAGGCCUCAUUUUCUUGUGGGUUUCAACCCUUCCAUGAAUUCUGAAAAAUUGAAAAUUCCAUCAAAAUUCAUUAAAGAAAUGGAAGGAAGAGUUUCCGGAACAACAGUUUUGGUGGGUCCCAGUGGAAAUGCUUGGCCUGUGGACUUAAUACAGCAAGAUGAUGGUUUAUUCUUCCACAAUGGAUGGGUUUCAUUUGUUAAAGAUCACUGCCUUGAAACAGGGGAUUCUUUGGUUUUCAGAUAUGAUGGUGAUUUGCAUUUCACUGUGCAAGUAUUUGACGAGAGUUCAUGUGAGAAGGAGGCUGCUUAUAACGCUGACUGCAGUUAAGGAGCAACUGACUUGUACAAUCUUGCUCUGAAAAAAAGAGACCGAGGGAACUCCGUUUUAUUAGAUUGCAUUGUUGAAGGUGUACCGAAGAAAAUGAGAAGCACUGAGAUCCCUUCCGAAUGCACAAGUAGCCAGGAUACCCAUGGUCUUGCAUCUAGUAAGGAUGGGUACACUCCAGAAGAUGCAGUUUGCUCAUAUGCAGGAAGAAAUUAUGCUGCUAGUUUUCUGGAUGAAAUGGAGAAUGCUGGAGAUGCAUUAAACAGUAAAGUUACCAUUGCUGUGCCAGCUCAAGCAAAGAUAAUCUUUAGCAAUCCAGCAAAGAUGAAAAUAGGCAAUGCUUCCUCCGAGAAAGAUAUGUGGUUGCCUACACAGGAAGCAGAAAAGGUUGCCCGUUUGUUUACCUCAAGUUUCCCCAGCUUUACUAAAGUUAUGAAGAGGUUCAACAUCAGUGGCUCAUACACUCUGCACAUCCCUUACCAAUUUGCCACGGAACACCUUCCCAACUGCAAGGUGAAGAUUUUACUUCAUAAUUUAAAAGGGAAAACUUGGACUGUGAAUUCAAUCCCGACUACAAGAGUACAAACAUCACAUACCUUUUGCGGAGGGUGGUUAUCCUUUGUUCGCGACAAUAACAUUGAUUUGGGAGAUACCUGCAUCUUUGAGCUUGUCCGCAAGUGUGAAUUACGUGUGCGUGUUCUUAGGGUGGAAAAGGAAGGAAGUGAUUACAGUAGUAAGGUAGUUGAUGAAGGACUAGUUACUGAUUAUGCAAAAAAUUCUGGAUGUAAGUCCAGGAAAGUGGGAUCAAAUUCUAAUCAAGCGAAGGUUAUGACAUACGAUAAAAAAGGAUGUGCUCCUGACAAAGAGAAACAUGGUAAUAUGUUGAAGAAUCAUCAGCUCCAUUCUCAGUCAAAGAUUAGCAGUGGAGAUUCAGCAAUCAGGAAACCUACUAGUUCUCAAGAUAAACAGGGUUCUUUCACCAAGAGCUGUAUGUCCAUGAAAUCAGUACCUGAAGAGAAAUUGGCUGCUGAAUCUUUCAUUUCCAAUUUCCCUCAUUUCGUGCGACUCAUGAAAAAAUUCAACAUUAGUGGCUCUUACACCUUGAAAGUUCCAUGUCGGUUUUCAAUGGAACACCUCCCAAACUGCAGAACGGAGAUUGUGCUUCAGAACUUGAAGGGAGAAUGUUGGACUGUAAAUUCAAUUCCGACUGUAAAGGUACAAACGCUGCACACAUUCUGCGGAGGAUGGUCGGCAUUUGUCCGAGAGAAUGACAUCCAUAUGGGAGAUAUCUGCAUAUUUGAGCUCGUUGGGAAAUAUGAAAUGCGUGUACAUAUAUGUGCAAUUGGGAAGAAGGGUUUAGAUUACCAAAAUGGGAUAACUCCUAAAGAGUCGGAUAUCCUUGCAUCCUUGACAAGCUAGAGACCUUUGGUGUGAAACACUGUAGGAAAGAUUACUUUUUGCCUAAUACAAGGUGAGGGGCUUGACGUUUCGCUGGAAGAUAACGAAACUUGAGUACAUGGGAUCUGAAAAGGAACACACAUCAAUGUUAUGGAGAAGUACUUAAAAGUAGAUUAUCAAACAUUUGACUAGGUUGGACAUAUGCUUUCAGUAGCUUAGAUGUUUUGUUGUUGGCAUUGUCUGAGCACUCUUGUUGAGACUUUGUGUUGUAUAAGUACUGCCAGAAAAGCUUCUUAUUUUCUUCAUGUUAUA